AUGGAAUUCUUGGUAGAUCAUGGAGGCUUCGAACGCAACGUCCCAGGCUACCCCCGCUACGCCUACGCAGGAGAACCGAGCCUUGGCGAACACCACCUGGUCAUCAAAGGAGUAACUCUUCAAGACGACGGCGAAUACCAGUGCCAAGUGGGGCCCACGACCAAGUCGGCACCCAUAUGGGCCGCGGCGAAUGUCACUGUCAUGGUGUCGCCCUCGAGCAUCACGAUGGAGGGUCGAGAAGGAGGCGUCGUGAAGGUGCAGGCUGGUUCGACCUUCACCCUGGACUGCCUCGUGUCGGAUGCCCGUCCGGCGCCCAGGAUCUCGUGGUACCGCGCGGAUGAAAUCGUGCGAGAAGUAUACCCCCCGCAGCCAUCUCAUGUAGCUUUUACAUGCUGUCAUAUUAAUGUGGACAUAACCACAGUCCAUUACUACACCUAUUACAUACAGCCUAUAUCACUACAUGUAAGCAAAGCCCAGGAGGACAAACUCGUGUCCUCGUCCCAGCCGCGUCUGUGGAGCGUGCGGAGCCGGCUUGUCCUGACGGCGGUGCGGGAGGACGAUGACCAGCGCUACUCCUGCCGCGCCCUUCACCCCGCCCUUGACGACGAGGACCGGGUGCUCGAGGCGGCCGUCGUGCUCUCUGUCCUGCACCCACCCAACGCGCCCACCAUCACCGGCUACAGCACGGGCGAGGUCCUGCGGGCGGGGGAGCGGCGGACCCUCACCUGCCGAGUGGUUGGCGGCAACCCCCGCCCGUGGGUGAGCUGGUACUGGCACGGAUACGACACCAACCAGACGUCCCGGAACAAGGAGAAGAACAGCGUCCUCCUGAAGAGCAAGACCCCCACCAGGAGUAAGAGCACCCGCACCGUCACCGUCAUCCAGGAGCUAACGGCCUCGCGCGCGGAGGACGGGGCGGUGUACGAGUGCCGCGUCAGCAAUGAGCUCCUGCGUCAGCCGCUCACCUCCAACGUCACCAUCACUGUGCACUACCCACCUACGAGCGUCAGUGUCUCCGGCCCAUCGGUGGUGACUGAGGGAGAACAGUUCUCCCUCACUUGCUCCACCACUCCCGCCAACCCGCCGGCGACCGUGGCCUGGUAUCUCGAUGGCAUGCCAAUCGACACUCCAGAAUCCGAAGACGCUGAGGACGAGGUCGGAGGCUGGGUGACCUCGUCUCACCUGACCCAGUAUGCGGGGAAGGCCCUCGAGGUCAGGGAGGUCAAAGCUAAGUGCAUUGCCUUUCAUUCGGCCACCAAGACGCCCGUGACAGGCACUAAAGUCAUCAGCAUCAUUAGAGCUCCUGGCCUUCCCCGCCUGGAGACAGACUUCCGCGGGCAGGUCGUUGCAGGCACGGUCGUUGAGUUCACGUGCAGCAGUGAAGGAGGUUACCCGGAACCGCAAAUCAGGUUGCACAAAGGCGAGGAGGAGCUGAAGGUUGAGACGCAACAUCAUGACAAUGUGACCCGAGCCAGCGCCGUCUUCAAGGUCGCGCCAGAGGAUAAUGGGGUCAAAGUUCAGUGCAACGUCACAAAUGCUGCCACCGCCUCUCCUCUUUCAGUCCACAAGAUUAUCAAUGUGUUGUUUCCGCCGCGAAGGGUGAUCGGCCACGUGAGCCCUGGCAUCGUGGAGGCGGGCAAAGUGGCACUGCUCACGUGCGAGACCUCGGCCAGCGUGCCCCCGUCGACCAUCACCUGGCGCUCUGGAGGUGCCACGCUCGAGGGUGCCACCAUGCACCAAGCCCCCGGGGAGUUUGAUGGCACUAUCACCAGGUCAGAGCUGGAGGUGAGGCCCCGCGGUGAGGACAACGGCCGUGUGUUUACUUGUGAGGCUGACAACGGCCUCGGUGCCUCUGUGGCUGCCAACAUUACCCUCAGCGUAUUGCGUGAGUAACUGCAUCGUGCAGAUUUUUUUCCGAUUUUUUUUUUUUUUUUUUUUUUUGGGGGGGGUGUAAAUAGAUGCUUGGAUUAUUCAUAUAGUUUGUUUGUUUGUUUUUCAUUUUCUCUCACUCUCUCUUUGGAUUUUAUUCUAGGGGGGGGGGGGAGUGAAUUUUUUUUAUAUACUAGUUUUUUUUAAUGAGGUCCGGGUAGCAUGUGGAUGUACUGAGGUUACACAAAUAUAUUCUUUCGCCAUUUCUGUUAAUUUCUUCAUCUUUCUCAAAAAUUUUCUCUGUCGUCCCACCUAUUUGUCUGCCUGUCUGUCUACCUCUUCAUCGAUCUGUCUUUCCAUCUAUUUUUGAACAUUUUCCCCUUACCCA